GAUGAGACGUACCAUUUGUUGAUUCCCGAUUUGGUAUUCGCAAUAUCAGAAUUCAUAAAGAGACUGUCAUCCGAUCUAACCAACAUGAGUGCUGGGAGCCUCUUAACCCAGUUCGAUGAGGGACUUAGUACCCUCUUGAGCCAAUGGAAUGGAUACACCACAGCUAUCGUCACAGCAUUCAUAGCUAUUCUCACGUACUCUUUUAUGAGCCGUGUGGAACCCGAAACUCACCCUCUACUACUUGCUCGCCAGGCUUCAGGUUCACCAGUUCGGAAUGAAGGAGAAUCUCCCAUUUAUCGCGGAAACUCAGCCCCUCAUGGAAUGCCGCUCAACGCUGGUCUAAAUGUUAAGGACCCGGGCGCGUCGAAAUGGGCAUCGGGCCGAAAUGGAGAUCUAAGAGACGUUUGGCGUAGAGCUGUUACCGGGUCACCCGAAGAGGACGGUCCUAAGGCUAAGGGACGUAUCUUGACGGUGCUAGGAAGUCAAAAAGUCGUUGAACACGAUCUCAAUGAUAUCACGCGACAAAUCAAUCUUGUUGGAAAACACAUCGCAUCUCAGGGAGGAAAGAAGGUCGCCAUUUAUCUACCGAAUUCCGUUGAAUUUAUUGCUACAUUGUUCGCUUCUAGCUUCUACAAUCUCACUGCUAUCUUGAUACCAUUUGACCAACCAGAAGAUGCUGUCAUUUCUAUGCUUCAGCGGUCUGGCGCCGAUACUGUUGUUACUGCGCCCGGUGCUUUUCCCUUCGACAAUGCCGUUAAGAGUUACCCAGGUCUUCGCCAGCUCAUCUGGGUAGUGGAUGAGGGCAACAAACAUCUCGACUGGAAUGAAGUUCCCAAGGGCAUGGGUGGUAGUGUUAAUGUCUCUACCUGGCAGGAUAUUUUGAACGAUAACCCCGUCACGGCUGGUACCGAGUUACCCGAGGUCGAUCCUAAAUCCGAGAUCCAGGAUGUUAUCAUUUUCUGGCACUCCAAGCCAGGCGAGCUCGAGGAAAUGGUUCGAUUCACCCAAGGCAACCUUGUUUCCGCCAUCUCGGCUCAGCUCACUGGAAUUCCGCAGAAGGAACGCUUCUCACCAGCUGAUCUUUUCCUGUCUUCGGCAUCCCUGUCAGCUUCCUUCCCUCUAGUCCUAACCCUUGCAGCACUCUACUCUAAUGCCUCCGUCGCAUUCAACUCUGUUGCCGGCACUAAGCCUGACCUUGAUGUGGCUACCGCCGGCGUCGCUCCUACUAUUAUUGUCGCCACCCCUCAAACUCUGAAGAAAACUCACGACGAAACCAAGGCCAAGGUCGGCGCUUCGCUUCUCACGCGUCUUUCCCACUGGGUUCAGACCCGCAGCCUUGUGCAAGAUGGCGCUAUGCCUAUUGCCUCCUUCCUCGCCUCGUACAAUGAUUCUCUACGCCCCACUAUCGGAAACGCACCCACUCCCGGCAAGCUUCGUCUUCUCUACGUCUCCGACCAAGCCGGUGGUAUCGCGCCCCGCCUCUCCGAAAAGACUCUUUCGGACCUACGCGUUUUCACACGUGCCCGUGUUAUAUAUGCUCUCGCUGCCCCCCGUGUAGCUGGUGCUGUCGCACAGACCCAAUUCCACGAUUACCGUGUCUCUGGCGACGGUAGCAGCGCGCACUUUGGACCCCCGGUCAGCUCUGUCGAGGUACUCUUCAGAGAUAGCGGGAAGUACAAGGUCACAGAUGAUAACUACACCGGCGAGAUCGUUGUUCGUGGCCCUGCAGUCGCGGGCGGCGAGUCGGCGUUGGGCGUAACUGGAACAGUUAGGGUGGAUAAUACGAUUGCUUAUGUGUAAGCCGAGUCUCUCUAGGUGCUUAGUAGGAUUACGUGGGGGGUGCGAUAGAAAGGGGAUGCGCGGAUGACGAUGAUGAAAGAAUGAGAUGAAAUUAUUUGCUAUGCGUUCAGCUGAGGAUUUCUUCAUGAAAAUCGAGCGGAUGUUACGUUAUUUAGGUUACUUGUAGACAUGUUUUUAUGUUCAUUAUU